AUGAUUUUUACAUUUUUGCUUGGGGUAUCACUAAAGCUAUGUGUAUACAGAAAAGAUCCUUCGAAAUGCCCGAGCAAUUAUACACAAUUAGAUAUCAGAGAUCCCGACGCAAAAGAAAUGUUUAGUCGACCUGAGACCGUAAGCAUAAAAUGUUUAUUCCUUACAAGUAUGGAAGAUCAAAAAGAUCGAAUUCUAUCAGAUUUUUACUUUUCUGUGAACCUUACUCAAUUAAUUUUCAUUGGAUAUCUUAAACCACGCAAAAUCUUCUUCGAACCAAUCUUUUCUUCCAAUCCUGCCCUUGCAGUAUCAUUUGAAAAUUUAACUUUCGAGACUUCAAAAGACUUAAUCAACUGUUUUCACUCUGUUUUCAUAAAUUGCGAAUUUAUUUCAGAAAAUCCUAUUACAAUAGAGGCUACUAAUAUAGCCAUAGAUCCUUACACGUGUAGAACCAUUACUACUCUUAAAGCAAACUAUAUUAAGUUUUAUGGCAGGUUUACAGGCGAAAUGUUUGAAAAAACAAUAUAUGUAGAGCCACAACAACAAUUAUUUAUUAUGGCUCUUUAUUAUAGUCAAAAAACCAUCGAAAUUAGUUUCCAAUAUCACGGAAUUCUCAUUGAAUAUUAUACGCACAGGAUUUAUUUCAUUCCCUCGACCAAAUCCAGCGAAAGUGCUAUAUUUAAUUUUAAUCCAACUUCACAUUUUAAAGAUGGAGAAAAUAAUAUUAUUUUGAAGUCGACAAUUACGUCAAAAACAAUCAAUAAUAUCAGAGUUUAUAUACAACCAAUGUCUCCAACUCAACUAAUACUUCCGGAAUGCCUUUGGCCAAGAACUGAAGAAAAUUUUUUAUAUGUCUAUCAUUCAGUCCCUUUAAAGAUCAAUUGCUCAACAGAAUUCAUCCCAUUCGAGUUACGCGGACUUGAAAGCGUAACACUAUAUACAGAUCGCUCAAUAGAUUUGACAAGAUUUUUUAAUUUGUUUGGUUAUAACUUAACGAUCAUAGAUACAAACACGACAAACCGCAACAAAGAAAUAAUAUUCUUUAAUUCGGCGUUUACUAAUGCAAAUAUCAUUUCAGAUUCUUCAGAAAUCGAGAUUUAUUUGAAUGGCGUUCAAGGCGAUAAUUUUUCAACGUACGGUAAGAGCUGGGUAUCAUUCUUUGCAAUUCCAUGGUUAAAAGGAAACAUUUUCAUAUCCAAUUUCAAAUUACAAGAAUUUACAAAUAAUAUUGGAGUUAUUGGCAACUUAACCUUGGAGAUAGAGUCGCUGACAUACGUAGAUGACAAUUCAAUUACGUUUCGCGUACCUUACAUGGUGAAAACUUAUGAAAAUUUGCUAAUUGGCCCAUCUGAAAUCGAAGAUUUUUCUUUUUCUUUUCAGACAAGAGAUGGUGAAAAUUUUUAUAAUUUUAGUCCAACAUUCACUAGAAAUGGCAGUAAAUCAUAUCUAUCUGUAACAAAAAGCCAAAUUCAACUUCCAAAUUAUUAUUGUAUUUCAGCUAAUGAAUCUUUGUGUCCAGAGCAUUACCACAUGGCCAAAAUCGAGGAUAUUAACUUCUCCGAUUCGCAAAUAGGCAUGAUUUACGUUGCAUUUCCAGAAUCUAUUGAAGAACCAAUUAAAAUAGCUGAAAAUUUAGCAAAUUUGCACUUUAUUGGUGGUAAUGAAAGCGUUACAAUUAAUUUAGAUGUUAAUGCUAUUGAUUCUUUAGCAAUUUAUAACCUAAAUGUAAAUUUUGUCAAUGAUCAGGCAAGUAUUGACCAUUUUAUUGUAAGUGGAAGCAAUAUAUUUGGUUUGACAUCACUUAAAUCCUCCAAAUUAAUAUUAACAAAGAAUUCAACUUAUACUUUUGAUAUUCAACAGGUAGAUUACAUUGUUUUGUUUACAGAACGCGUCAAAAACAUUGUUGCAACAGAUUACAACAUAACAGUUGAUGAAAAAAUCUUUAAUAUGAAAUCAAACAUCGAAAUCAAGAUUUCUAAUGUAGUUUAUGCAGAUUUUAUCAUCAAAGGAGAAUACUAUAGUAAGUUGAGUAUGUCAAAUGAUAACCUUGACAGUGUAAUUUACGUUCAAUCGUUAAUUAACAAAUUUGAUGUGACAAAAGAACCGACGAGGAUGAAAUGGCAAGGCACAAUUGUAUUUAUCCAUAGUAAUGGCAUCGUUCCGCUAUCAUUAGAAUUAGAAACUUCCAAAGUUUUCGUUCCAGAUGAAACCGAAUUGUAUCUUUACGAAUUAAUUACGAAGAAUGAUACCGAAUUCCUUGAAGAAGCAUCGUUUGCAGUCAAAAAGCUGUCAAUGGGCGUUAGUUCCUCUUCAAAAGGAAAAGAUGUCGAAAUUGCAGCUGAAGAAUUCACAUCUGAUAGCACAAAGAAAAAUAUUGUUAGUGUAAAUACAAGUAUGAUCAAGUUCGAGCCAGAAUCAAUAACUUCUUUCACUUUAUUAGAAAAUGAUCAUCCAACUAACAUUUCUAUAAAGUUUGUAUACAACUACUUGCCAUUUAUUAUUGCAUACAUGUCAGAAGAUUCAGCAGGAAUCAUUGCUCUUGUGGAUUCAACCGAAUCUGCUGAUUUUAUUAAAAUUGAAGAGCAGUUUCAGAUAGAUAUUUUCUGUUCUCCCAAUUUGACAUGUGCUAAUUGGGCUACUUCUUUAAACAGCAAGAAUCCAAACGUUACAAAAUUGUUUGAAGUUAAAUGUUCCAAAGGAAUCGCAGAUCCUGACAUGUUUUGCAUUUCUCUUUAUAAUGUUAAUGCAAAAUCAAAGCUAAAGACAUGGAUGAUUGUCUUGAUUUCCAUUUCUGCUGUAAUUUUUGUCGUAUUACUCGCAUUUUCCACAUACAAGAUCAUUUUCUAUGCAAAGAGGAGCUACGAAAGAAGAAAACUCCUUUCAACACACAGAUUGUUCAAUCAAAGUCUAGAUGUAACUGAUGAUGUUUAG